AUGCACGAUCAUGGAGAACAUCAAGUGGCGGGAGACGAGUUGGACGAAUCGGAAAUCCAUAAUGCUUGGCACAGCUUCCCGCCAACUUAUCUCGCUGCCGACUUUAGGUUGAAUAAUGAUACUGCCAUCUUUGGGGAAGAAUUCGAUGCUGAAUGGGAUCCAGACGAGGCGAAUGGGCACAGGGGACUCAUGAUGCUACAUGUCUUGGCGAUGAUCGGAGCAUAUUUUGUGGCCUUGCCCAUAGUUCUGGCUCUUCGUGCGGCGAACUCACCAGCUCACUACCUCGUCAAUCUCGGGUUCCUGGCGAUCGCCGGGGUAGGAUGGCUAUCAGGUGUCGCUUACUCUGCUGCGACUCCAGAUAGAUACAUAGGUAACAAGCAUGGCAGUCUCGGCACUGUCCUCCUCCUCACAUCUAUUGCGUUGGCCGCACUCGACUCGCUAGGUCUCAUCAGCCGGACUAUCGCGUUUGUCAAAUCAGAUGAUCGAUCAUGGUCCGCUUUCUGUUCCCAGGUGUUUGGCGGAAAGACGGCUCGAUGGCUCGACGGCCCAAAUCAUCGAUUCGAAAUGGUCGGCUUGAUGGACAGACAGAGUGAAGAGGUCCAACAGAGACAGGCUGAUCCUGUCUUUGCCAUCGGAGGGGAAGAUGACGAGGUGGACGAGCCCUUUCAUCAUCAAUCUCGACGAACGCUUCGACGCGAGUCGGAGCUCACUCCGAUUCAUAGAGACUCUGCUGGAUCAGAUGGAACAUUGCACGAACCUGGCUCACCAUCGUCGCUCGGCGAGGGUAAACGUCCUUCUCGAUUAGGGGCAUUUGAUUUUGAUCAGGCUGCACGAGAUCCAGCCGUCGACUCCGAUGAGCCCACGUCGUCUAGCCGCCGAUUGAGCUGGCGACGAUUGGGCGAGAUAAUCUUGACUUGGUUGAGACGAUUCCAGGUCGUCUUUGCCUAUGUAGUGACGCUUCUAGGAAUGACAGUAUAUGUAGGGAUGUGCCGUGGGAGCUUUGUGAAUGCUUGCGCUGCACAUUUCAUCAAAGGCAGUAUCUUUUUCGGAUACGGAGUUUUGACAUUUGCCCGAUACCUGGGAGCGUAUUCGGAUCUAGGUUGGGCAUGGAAUCGCAAACCCGGAAAGGCGAGCGGGACUUCUGCCGAGAUGGUGGAAUGUUCUGUCAUCUUCGUGUACGGCAUCACAAACACCUGGCUCGAGCGAUUGGGAUCCCACGCUGGUGAUCCGUAUACCGUCAGACAAGUCCAGCACAUCUCCAUUGCCAUCAUGUUCUGGUUCGCCGGCCUGAUCGGGAUCCUGCUCGAGUCGAAGAGCGUCAGACGAGUGCUAGGAAGCAUGCUGGGCCGUCCUCGGGAUAUGCACGAGCCUCCGUCAUACGCAUUCAGCUUCAAUCCGCUUCCUGCUUUGGUCAUUGCGGUCACCGGUCUCGCCAUGGCAGCCCAUCAUCAGCGCUACGUCUUCCAGGUCCAAAUCCACUCUUUGUGGGGUCUACUCCUAGCCGGUGGAUCGCUUUGUCGAUUUCUGACCUACUUUUUCCUCUGGAUUCGACCACCCGUUGAGUCGACUCUGCCGUCCCGACCGCCUACUGAGAUCCUCACUUCCUUCGGCUGGGCGGCAGGUGGUAUCGUCUUCAUGUUGUCAGUUGAAGAAGUCUCGUGGGCUGCCAUGCGAGCAGGAUACGACGACAUGAUGGCGUUUUUGAACAUCACAGUGGCUCUGACUUGCUUUGUCUUUUGCUGGGUCGUCAUUAUUCUCGUCAUCAAGGGAGCCGCGGUCAUGCGUCGUGAGAAGGGGAUCGAGAGGGUCAGUAAAGUCGAUUUGGGUCAUGCGAGGGUAUAG